AGAUGGUCGUGCCGCUGCGGGCUGUCGAGGACUUGGUGCGGCGCGCGUGAGUUCGAUCGGUAGUUUGCAGUCGGCGGCGUGGGGUUGGAGGAGCCAAUCUGGGGGUGAGAGCUCGUCGGGGCUCUGGCGCUGCCUGCGUUGCGCGGAGUUCAUCUUGCCGUUCGUCCGGACCCGCGGAAUGGACAUGGACACUGAUCGUUCUUUCGAGGCUAGCAAUCUCAGCCCUCGAGAUCGAAUUCUGGAGAGGCUUGCACAAAUUGAAGUUCCACGGGAGUACCUUUACAACUCUGAAUCUGGCAUAGUUGCUUUCCUCAAGGAUAAUGAGUCCUGCAUCCCACAGCUUGUGUCUGCAAUUUUACCGUUAGAUGACGAGUUGGCGGAGAUCCAUCGGAAUCUGCAAACAGGAUCUGAAGAUGUUCCGGAAGAAAAUGAUAUGAGAAAGUUUUUUAGAGAAAGUAUGGUUUGGCUGCAGUGGUUGAUGUUUAAGGAUGAACCCACCUAUGUUCUUAAGUGUCUUUCGGACGUUGAUGUGGGUCAGAGGGGAGUUUGUGGUGCUGUAUGGGGAAAUGAUGAUAUUGCUUAUAGGUGCCGAACGUGCGAACUUGACCCCACAUGUGCAAUAUGUGUUCCUUGUUUUGAAAAUGGGAAUCAUGAGGACCAUGAUUACUCAAUGAUAUAUACUGGAGGGGGUUGCUGUGAUUGUGGAGAUGCGACGGCAUGGAGACGAGAGGGCUUCUGUUCGAAGCAUAAAGGUGCAGAACAGAUCCAGCCCCUUCCUCAGGAAAUAGCACACUCUGCUGGACCAGUCCUUGAUGCCCUCUUUGUGUUUUGGAAAAACAAGCUGUUGUCUGCUGAGUCUUCCACUCAAGAAGACAGCAUAGGAAGCGACCAUGCUGCAGAGUAUAGUGAAGUUGCAGAUGAGCUUACUCUUGUGAUAGCUGUGAUGCUACUAGAAUUCUGCAACUGUAGUGAGAGUUUGCUAAGUUUUGCUUCGAUUAGGAUAUUUUCCUCUGCAGGUCUAUUGGAGAUUCUGGUGAGGGGUGAGAGUUUCUUAAGUGAUAAGGUUAUGAAGAAACUUUAUGAACUACUUCUUAAACUGCUUGCAGAGCCCUUGUUCAAGUAUGAGUUUGCCAAGGCAUUUUUAAGCUACUACCCAGUUGCUGUAAAGGAAGCUAUAAAAGAGUGCAAUGAUGGUGUUUCUAAGAAGUAUGCUCUAUCGACGUUUUCUGUGCAGAUCUUUACAGUUCCAACUCUGACUCCACGUCUUGUGAAGGAAAUGAACUUACUUGAAAUGCUAUUUGGGUGCUUAGGAGACAUAUUUACUUCAUGUGCUGGUGAAGAUGGUCGUUUACAGGUCACCAAGUGGCAACAUUUGUAUGAGACAACCUUUCGUGUGGCUGAAGAUGUACGAUUUGUUGUGAGUCAUGUGAUCGUACCGAAGUAUUUAAUUAAUGAAAAGCGGGAUAACUUAAGGACUUGGAUGAGGCUUUUGAAUUUUGUGCAAGGAAUGAAUCCUCUAAGGAGAGAAACAGGUAUACUUAUAGAAGAAGAAAUUGAUAAUACACAUUUUCCUUUUGGUCUAUGCUCUUCAAUAGCAAAUACUCACUCCCUACUGGUUGAUGGAGCAUCUUUGGAUGAACCUGCUAAAGAGACAAUUGAUGAAAUGGAUAUGGAUGAUGGAGAAAGUUUGAGACAUGCAAAAGUAGUACGGUUAUCUCAGGAAAGUUCCGCAUGUAGCACUUCAGGCAGGAGCAAGGCAUCAGCGUCUGGAUCUAAGGCUGCUGAAGUUGAUACCAUAAAAAAUAGUCAUCCAUCAAUUCUGCCGUCUAUCACAUGGUUGAUAAAUGAAUGUUUGAAAGCUAUUGAGAAUUGGUUAUUAGUUGAUAAGACUUCAGGGGCCCCUGUAAUUGAUUUAUCUCAGAGCAACAGUAGUAUUGCCACUAGCCAUUUUUCCGCAUGGAAGAAGACAAUAUUGAGGAUCAGAAAAGGUAAAUAUAUAUUUGGUAGACUUGGUAGUCCUAGUGACCAGCAAGGUAGACUUAAUCAUGGUGAUUGGCCCAAUGCAAGUGUAGAUAAUGGGGAGGACACUGAUCCUGAAAGUAAGUCCAUUCCUGUUAGUGACAGUGAUGUUGCAAAUGCUUCUGUGGCCUCCGAUAAUUGUGCAGUGGAAGGCGAUUAUGCUUCAGAAGUGGGUGCUUUGCGUGUUCUUAGCUUGCAGGAUUGGCCAAAUAUUGUCUAUGAUGUUAGUUCACAAGAUAUAUCUGUUCACAUUCCGUUUCAUCGCUUGCUCUCAUUACUUCUGCUUAAAGCCUUGAAAAUAUGGGAUGGGGAUACCACAGCAUCCAAUGGAAACACUGCUGCUUUUGCUUAUCAGCCAUCAGGGCCCUACAACAACUUUUUCAAGUGCGUUUUGGGACUUUGUAGUCCACUGGGUUUUUGUGCUUUUGUCAUGGAGCAUCCUUUACGUAUUAGGGUGUUCUGUGCUGAGGUUCAUGCUGGAAUGUGGAAGAAGAAUGGGGAUGCAGCCCUAUUAUCUCGUGAAUGGUAUCGCUCAUCUCGGUGGUCCGAGCAAGGCUUGGAGCUUGACCUUUUCCUGUUGCAGUUCUGUGCAGCUGUAGCCCCUGGUGAUCUUUUCGUCAGCAGAAUAAUAGAACGUUUUGGGCUAUUGAAUUAUCUCUCUCUUAAUCCUACACGGGAUAGCGAGUAUGAACCGGUUCUAGUAGAGGAAAUGCUUACUCUUAUAAUCCAAAUAGUUAAAGAAAGGCGAUUUUGUGGACAGACUACAGCUGAAAGUUUGAGAAGAGAGUUAGUUUACAGGUUAGCCACUGGAGAUGCCACUCGGAGUCAACUUGUGAGGUCACUUCCCCGUGACCUGGCUAAGUUUGAGGGUCUGCAGGAAGUUUUGGAUGCUGUUGCUUCAUAUUCCAAUCCUUCUGGCCUUAAUCAGGGUACAUAUUCAUUGCGAUGGCCAUGCUGGAAAGAACUGGAUUUGUAUCACCCGCGUUGGAACUCAAGAGAAUUGCAACUUGCAGAAGAAAGAUAUGCACGCUUUUGCAAUGUUUCAGCAUCAACUGCUCAGUUGCCUAGGUGGACCUACAUAUAUGCACCUUUACGAGGAAUAGCUGGAAUAGCUACUUGUAAAGUGACCCUUCAAUUAAUCCGCUCAGUGCUAUUUUAUGCUGUUAUCAGUGAUAAGGCACGUGACUCACGUGCAUCUGAUGGUGUCCUGAUUGUUGCAUUGCACUUGCUCUCUCUAGCCGUAGAUAUUUGUUUUCAGCAGAGAGAGUCCAGAGAUAGAACAUGGCUAAAUGGAGAUCAAAAUUCCAUGCUAUCCUUUGUUACUGAACAAAUUAAUGAGGGAUUAUCUUAUGGUUUUGGCAAGUUCAGCUUAUUGUCGCUUCUUGUUUUGCUGAUGAAGUUACAUAAGACAGAAAGAGUUGGGAAUCAGAUGGAUGCAUAUGGGUCUGACCUUUCAAAUUUGAUUGAAAGUUUAUUGAAAAGAAUUGCUGAAAUUGAUCCAUACUGUAUGAAUGAGUUGCAACAGCUAGCCCCAGAAGUGUUCAUUCAAGUACCACGGUCCAUUUUAGACAGUGAUAAUGGAAGUUCAGGAUCUCCUUCUAAUGAAGGGAAGCACAGAGCCAAAGCUCGCGAAAGGCAGGCUGCUAUAAUGGCAAGAAUGAGAGCUGAGCAGUCCAAGUUUCUAGCGAGCAUUUCAACUGAUGAGGGCUUAUCCUCUGUGGAAGAGGCAACUCAUUCGGCCGCUGUUAAUGAGACCAGAGAAUCUGUUCAAGAUGUUUGCUCUCUUUGCCACGAUUCUAAUCCAGAGAAUCCUCUCUCUUUCUUAAUUUUUCUACAGAAAUCUAGGCUGCUAAGUUUUGUUGACAGAGGACCCCCAUCAUGGGAUGGGGUUCAACAGCCACAGAAGGAAACAAUGCAGAUUGAGAAGAACAAGGAAACUGAACAAUGUGGGGUUGAAGUUACGGCGGCUAGUUGUUCAGAAGUAGAUCCACCUACUAAGUUAGUGCGGUUGGUUCGCAAUACUAUAAAUAAAUUCAUGCAUAAUGCCCAGCCUUCUGAAGUCAAUGCUUUCAUGGAGUUUGUCCGGGCUUGCUUUCCUUUGUUGAGAAACCUUGACGUGCCGCAGAUGUCUAAGGAUAAAAAGGAAAGCACUGUAUAUAUGUUUGAGACGCUGGAGGAAGAUAUGUACCGAAUGAUUCGAAGGGGAAUUCAUAACAAUGCACAUCUUCUGGAGUCAGUCGAGGGAGAGAAAAAUAUUUCAACAUCUCAAGAGGUUGCAGGGGAUUUUGAAGAUGCUGAAACUGUUCUGCUUGCAAAGUAUAUAGCUUGCCUUUGUGGAGAUAGAGCAAAAGAUCCAUCAGCUUCUGAACACUUGCACAUUGACGAGACCUCAGAUGAAAGUGCUAAACAAGGGUCAGCAUAUGAUGGAUUUGGUCCAGUUGAUUGUGAUGGAAUAUUUCUUUCUUCCUGUGGUCAUGCCGUGCAUCAGGGAUGCCUGGAGCGCUAUCUAUCUUCAUUGAAGGAAAGACAUACAAGAAGAAUUAUCUUUGAAGGAGGGCACAUUGUGAAUCUCGACAAGGGGGAAUUUCUAUGCCCUGUUUGCCGUCGUCUGGCAAAUUCAAUCUUGCCUGCCCUACCAAGUCUUGGUCAGAUGAUGUGGAAGCAGUCAGUGAGUUCAUUUUCCAAUUCUUCGCAAUGUCCUUGGCCUGGGGCAAGCGGCGACACAACUUCCCUUCAUUUAUCAGAAGCCUUGUGCCUUUUGCAAUCUGCAGCUGAUUUAGUAAAGAAGGGGGAACUUUUUAAAGCUUUUCCUCUUCAAAGUAACUCAAGCUUAAGAUCGAAACUUGAAUUGCUCUGUGAUCUGCUAUCUAAGAUGUAUUUUCCAGGGCAACACAAAAGAUCAUCUAGGACUGCUAAGGCAGCUUGCUCAGUUAUCAUGUGGGAUACUCUUCGUUACUCACUUAUAUCAACAGAAAUUUCUGCUCGUAGCGGAAGGACGUCUCUCACCCCAAAUCUUAGCCUCAGUGCCUUGUUCAAGGAAAUUUCAUCUGCUGGGAAGUUUGUUUUCUCCUUGUUUUUGAGGGUUAUUCAGAGCAUGAGGACUAAGGAUACCCUAGAUGUUCUUCAAAGAUUUAGAGGUAUUAAGCUCUUUGCGGAUUCAAUCUGCUUUGGCAUUUCGACGGAUCGUCCACUUUCUUCGGAUGGCAAAGAAGGCAGUAUGUUGUGUAUCUUGGAAGAUUUCAAGGAGGAAUCACCACAUCCUGAUCUUCAUUUCUGGAAACGAGCUGCCGAUCCUGUCCUUGCUCAUGACCCUUUUUCAUCACUGAUGUGGGUUCUCUUUUGUCUCCCUUGCCCCUUCUUGCAAUGCGAGGAGUCCCUAUUAUCACUUGUGCACCUUUUCUACAUUGUCUCCAUCACUCAGGCUAUAAUUUCAUUUUGUGGGAAACAUGGUGGUGAGAUGGAUGAAUUAGGUUUUCAUAAUGAUCUGGUCAGUGACAUUUGCAAAUUUAUGAAAGAGUCUGGAUGUGAUUUCGAGUAUGCUGUUUCUGACCAUGUCGAUCCAUCAUGGGGCAUUGACAACGUAGUUCGUAACUUGAGCUUACCUUAUUUGCGGAGAUGUGCAUUGCUGUGGAAGCUUCUGGACUCAUCUACCCAUAGCCCAUUCUUUGAGAGGGGUAAUGAGUCGGAUGGGCCUUUUUAUGCUGCCCAUUUCACAGACUGUUCUGUGGAGCUCAAUGAGAUUCAAAAGCUCGAGAAGAUGUUCAAGAUCCCCUCAAUUGAUAAGAUAUAUAAAGAUGAAAAGCUCUGGCCUUUUGUCUUAAGGUGGAUUCGUCAUCUCUGCAAUGAGACUCAGCUUAGUAGGGUCACUUCCAUUGUGCAUUGUGUCCCUGCAGUUCCUUUUAAGCUGAUGCAACUACCCUACCUAUACCAGGACCUUCUGCAGAGGUAUAUUAAGCAGGCAUGCCCUGACUGCAAUACUGUCGUAGAGGAACCCACAUUGUGCCUGCUAUGCGGUAGAAUAUGCUCGCCAAGCUGGAAAUCAUGCUGCAGGAAAAGUGGAUGCCAAAGUCAUGCAUUUGCCUGUGGUGCUGGUAUUGGAGUAUUCUUGCUGAUCAAGAGGACAAUGAUUUUGUUCCAAAGGUCUGCACGUCAAGCGCUUUGGCCAUCUCCGUACUUAGAUGCGUUUGGGGAAGAGGACAUUGAUUUGCAUAGGGGAAAGCCUCUGUACUUAAACGAAGAACGUUAUGCUGCUCUUACCUAUAUGGUGGCUUCACAUGGACUAGACCGAAGCACGAAGGUUCUUCGUCAAACAAGUGUUGGUGCCUUAUUCUUUUAGAUUAGAUGCUAGGACUUUGGCACAGGGGACUAUCAUUAUGAAGGUGAUAUUGAGUGGUGGCAAGAUGGCUGUGCAUAUCCCAAGGUUGUUGAUAUGUGGACAAUAUGGUGGUUGAGCUUUCUCUGGUCCGCUGGUCAUGAACUAUGUACAGGACAAUGAAUCAUACUAACUUUCUUAGAAUGAAAAAUUUCUUCAACAACAGCAAUUUGAUCCUUGGGUAAUUUUGCUCUUCCGCCAUCCAUGGGAGUUUGUUUGCACCUAAUUUCUCGUGUCGUUGGCUCAUACCUCUACUGUACAUUCUCUCUACUCUGUACAUGCAUUUUAUCAGUCUUCUGAGUAGGGUGUAGACUCCAAGAUCUUAAUGUGUAUGAUCUUUGACCAAACUACAAGAUUGCUUGCCCGUGCUCUUGCAAUAGAAUUGUGAGAUUUUGGUGAGACUGUUGUUAUCAGUUUCAAAAACUUAAGCUACUAGAUGAAGAUGUGGUUUAUUAUUUAAA